ACAGCUGUGAUUAGAAACUAAUUUCUUUGUUUGAAUUUCAUAAGAUUUUAAUUACUGCGAUAUCUUUAACGAGAAGUGAUGUCAACUUUUUAAAACUCCAAAGAAAUAAUGAAUAUAAUGUUUCUAAUUAAAAGUUUGAUUAUAUUGCUAUGCGGCAAUAGCAUUCUAGCCGCUUCCAAUACAUUACCGGUUGUACUUUGGCAUGGAAUGGGUGAUACUUGCUGUCUUCCAUUCAGCUUGGGUGCCAUAAAGAAAUUAAUUCAAGCGGAAACAAAUGGCACAUACGUACGGUCAUUGAAAAUUGGUGGCAAUAUUGCGCUGGACUAUGAAAGCGGUUUCUUCAUACAUCCCGACGAUCAAGUGCGUUAUGUAUGUGAGCAGUUGGCCAAAGAUGCGCAACUAACAAACGGUUAUAAUGCUAUUGGCUUCUCACAAGGCGGUCAAUUCUUACGUGCCGUGGCUCAACGCUGCUCUACGCCACCUAUGAAAACGCUCAUUACAUUAGGCGGACAGCAUCAAGGUGUCUUCGGCUUGCCAAAAUGUCCCUCGCUGACCAGUACGACCUGUGAACACUUGCGGAAGUUAUUGCGUCGCGCUGCUUACAAAGAAUGGAUGCAGCGUGAUUUAGUGCAAGCUACGUAUUGGCAUGACCCAUUGAAAGAAGAGGAAUAUCGGCAAAAGAGUUCAUUUCUUUCAAACAUAAACAAUGAAGUGUUUAUCAAUCUAACUUAUAUAGACAAUUUAAAUAAGCUCGAGAAAUUUGUUAUGGUUAUGUUCUUGAAUGACACUAUCGUACAACCGAAGGAAUCGCAAUGGUUCGGAUUCUACAGUCCUGGACAAGACACGAUUAUUCGUCCUCUGAACGAAAGUCCCUUAUUUGAAGAUCUUGGGCUCAAACAAUUAGACAGAGAUGGCAGACUCAUAUAUCUGUCCGUUGAGGGCGAUCACUUGCAAAUGACAAGCAAAUGGUUUAUUGAAAAUAUUAUACCACAACUUAGCAAGAAUUAAAGUAAAAACAAAAACUAAAUGAUCUCUAAAUUCGAAUUUAAAAUAGGCACUUCUUAUUGAUUGCGCACACGAUAAUACUCCAUGGCGAACAUUUUUUAAGCUACUUUGUGAUGAAUACCAAAUAAUAUGUUUUAAAAAUAUUAAGCAAUAUAAAUUAAUGGCAAAAUA